GUGGAACUCUCGUGCUUCUCGUAAGAAAGAUUAAGUUUAUGAUUUGUAACUUUAUGCAGCCAUGUAAACAAGCAACAUAACCCCCCCGACUCCCUAUUGUGAAUGGGAAUAUAUUCAUGGACCCGCUCAACCGCGACAGAGGGGACACGGCAGAAUGGAAAUCAGAACAACACAGCAGCAGCGGCGAGAGCAGCGCCUGCGGACCAGGCGGACCACCUCUCCGACCGGACCCCUGCGUCUUCCUGCUGGACGCCAUUGACGCCCAGUUGGGGAAGCUGCAAGUCAAGCGGUGGAAGCAACGAGAGGAUGACCGCCUUGAUUCAGACGGCACGAGCCGGCCUGUGGCUCCCGUGACCUGGGAGGCGGCCACCGGGGAACUCAAAUCAUGGAUGGGCAGCAAAGUGGAGAUGGAGUCUCACAUGGAACAGGCAGUAUGGAGACUAGAGAGACUUCUUGGAGACACCUGUCAGCAAGGGACAAUGCCAGGUGACCCUCAACCUCCUUCAGAAAGUAUCUGCACUGAGGACUUUGUGAGGUGCUUCAGAGAGGAGAUGGUAGAGCUGCCGUUGCCCGAGGGGAGCGUGCAAGAACUCGACAGAGAAGAGGAGGCAGAAAGGGCAUCGAUGCUUGACGGGGACUGGACGAACCACAAGAGCCAGAACGCCGUCAAAUGUGACGCAAUCACAAAUACGACAAGUGGACAAGACGAAGGUAGCGUUGUCUUGUUCCAGCAUGAGCCGGAACAAAGGCAGGAACUGCAAAGGAGCCCUUCUGAAAUAUCUGGAGAUCAGAAUUCUCAUGAUGGAGUAGACGUGUGGAAUUUUGACGCAGUGUCCAUUGACAGUGACCUUGAUUCAGUCCGCGUGGAUCAAGUCCGGCAGCACCUCCGCAGACGCCGACGGCCACCUGUCCAAAACAAAAGAACUUUCCUCAAGGACACGGACGAGGAUUCAAACGGACGCCGGAGCAGGCGCCGCAAGCUCCGGAGGCCGUCAGCGAAGACGCUCGCGACUCGGGAGGAGAUGAGCGAGCGCCUCUGCGCCCUCAGACGAAGAUGUGAGAAGGAGGAGGAGACCCUACGCUUGAAAAAGUCUCAUCUGACGGAAGUUGAACUCUCCCUUUCGGAACUGCAGUUGAGAAGAAAGAAUGCCUUUCACGAUCUAGAGCGACUCAGUGCCGAGAACGGGCACCUGGAAACGGAGAAGAGGCAAUUGGAGGUUUUACUGAAGGAGAGGAAGGCAGAGAGCCGCUCGCUAACUUGCCAGCUGCAACAACUCAAACGGCAAAAAGAGUCGCACAUCUGUGAAGUCAGAAGUUUGCACGAAGAACUGAAGAAGAGAGAACAAAUCAAGCUGCUGGCCCGUGUGGAGGAGACGGACACGGCGCCGUCUCAGCUGGGGAGGCAAACGGUGGGGCGACAGCUGUCUUGCGCCAAAGCUGAGCUCUUCUCUCAGCAACGACGGGCGAGAGAGAAACAGGAAUCCAUGCGACAAAUGCUGGAGGAAACUCGUGAGGAACUCCUGAGGGUCUCUGAGGCGGCAGCUGCACUGAGAAACAGAUCUUCUUGUCUGGAGGAGACACGCCAGCGCGAGACGGAGGCUCUUAAGUGUCAAGCGUGUGAGCUGCAGGGAAAACUUGGAGCGUGCAGCAUCCGAGUGGACACGCUGGAGAAAACGUUGCGCCAGAAGGAGCAACAACUGCGGCAGAUACAGGAGCAGCACCGCGUUGCUCUUAAAGAAGCCCAAGAACACGCCCACGCAGCGAUGGAGGCAGCACUGGAGCAGCAGAGGAAAGAUUUAGCGUCGGUUCAUGAUCAGCAAAUAGAAAAGGUGCGCAAAGCCGUCGGUGAGGAGAGGGCCAAGUGGGAGGCGGAGAAGAUGGACGCCGUGCACUUUCACUGCCGUUUGCUGGAAGAGCAGAACAGCAGGAGUCUGGAAACGGCGAGGACUGAGACGGAGCGAGAGAAGAGCAACGCGCUCGUUCUUCGGCGUCAAGCGGCGGAGCUGCAAAGUCGAGUCCGGGAGCUGGAGGCCGAUCGCCGCGCGCGGCAGCGGGAGCGCGACUCUCUGCUGUCCGUCGUCUGCGAGUCGCUCAAGCGGGAACGGCGGGCCGAGCUGGACGAAUUGCGCAAACAAAUGCUGCAGGAGCGCGAGGAGACCGCGCUACAGCUCGAGCAGUCUGUCCGACGGGCCGAGGGAGAAACGGAGAAGAUUCGCAGGGUCCUUGAAGAGCAGCAGAUCGGCCACGACGAAGCUCGAGCCCGGCGGGAGCAGCAGCUCGGGGUCUGGGCUCGGCAGCUGGUGGCCGAGUGUGACUUUCUCCACCGCCUGAUGCGGGAGAACGGAGGCCAACAAAAUUGUCUGCAGCUCUCGCCCAGUCCUACCGUAGACGAGGCUCUUCUCCGCCUGAAAGCUCAAAGAGAAGCCUUGAAAGGUCUGGUCGGCCGUCUGCAUCAGGAGUUGGAGUCUCAAAGGCAAGCGAGUGAAAAGCUGCGCAUUGACAAGGAGCGAGAGUUAAGAAUCCAGCGGGAACAGAUGAGGACGGAGCGAAACCAAGCCUUGGAUUGUCUUAAGGAACGUCUCAUUCAAGUACAACGCUUGUACCUGCAUUUUUUUCUUGAAAUUGUUUCAAAUGUCCAAUUUCAUCAGGGCAGGAGCACAUUGAGGAGCUCGGUAGCCUGACGUGGUCUCAUACAAGCGACAGACGACUGGAGGCGUCGCUUCGCAGGCAGCUGGAGGCCAAGGACGUGGAGCUGAGGCAAGUCCAGAGAAACAUGACUCAGUGGAAGGAACAGACCACCGCUCGUCUGGCCUGCAAGUUUGAGGAAGAGAUGACAGCUGAACUGGAAAGCUGAAGCCGUCAUCGGGGGACGUGGCGCUGCCGGGGGGUGGCUCGUUGCGGUGCCGGGCCGCGGUGGCUCAUCGUCGUCGUGGAGGUGAAUCGGAUGGGGAGGCGGUUUCGCCGCGGCAUCGUCGUUGCUCGUGGGCGGCGUUGUUCAUCACCGCCGUGGAGGUAGAUCGGACGGGGAGGCGGUUCGGCCGCGGCGUCGUCGCUUGCAGCCGUGGGUGGCGUUGUUUAUCACCACCACGGAGGUGGAUCGUGCGGGGAGGUGGUUUGGCCGUGAUCCAUAUAUCAUCUAAAUAUGGCUCGAAACGAUAGGGUAAUAUUGUCCCGGUCACUUCACUCGGUUGUGAGCUGUUCUCUUCUCAGAAAAGAGUUUCCGUGUCAGAAGGGGCGUGGGAGAAAUCCGAAUAUCUUUUGUUGUCCGUGUCCCAUAGUAGGGUCAUAUUAAUUUUUUCUUAUAGAUAUUGAAGUGAAUAAUGUUAUAUGUAUUUUUUUCAAUAUCUAUUUCAGAAUGUUUAUAGGGAUGACACUUGACCUUUAAUGCUUUAUAUUACAAUUUUGAUGAUUCUCGCUAACAAAAAAAGCCUAAAUUCGAUAGAUAGAUUUCAAAUGUUAUUUUAUUUUUGCCAUCCCUCAGGUGCAGAGCAAAGUUCUUAAGAGGCAGGUAAAUGCUUGUAGUGGGUCCGUUGGAGAAUAGUUUAGUUCUAGUACUGACUCUAACCAGCACAAUCUCACCUCCACUCCACUCACGCAAAUAUUCCACACGGAACGACGCACGCCGGACUCAGCCCUUCGCCUCCGCUGCACUUUUCGUGAUUGCGACGUCAUUUGCAUUUUUGCCAGAAAGACAUCAACAAAUGAAGAAGAGGAGCUGAGGUCGGAGAGUCGGAGAAAGCCCACCGCAAAGCAUGGCGACGCUCAACAUUGCGGCCGCCCGGCGGUCGUUGACGCUGCCGCCCCGCGGACGGACGUGGCCUCGUUGAAACUCGUGCACGACUUGCAGAGCAGAGUCAAGCGACUGCGUGCGGAGAACCAAAAAUGGGUGGCGACGGGACCGAGCCUUCCUACAGCGACUCACCUGUCAGGAGAGUGAAAGAGCUUGAUUCGCUCAACCAUCAGGCGCACCCCGAGAUCAGAACCGGGCUUUACAUUGACACCAGUAUCACAACCUCAGAAGUGUUCAUCGGCACAGUUACCAGUUUUAUGACUUGAUUUUAGACUUAAACUACAUGACUUGACAAGUCAAGUAUAAUUCAUGCUUGAAAUAUGCCUUUUCAUUAAGAUAGUUUUUUUUUUUUAAGUGAAAUCUUUAAAAAGUGUGAAACAUUUUAGGAAUUACAUGCACCAACCUAGCAACGCAAUCUGCGUUGUUGCAAACUUGCCAGUGUGUUGUAGCCACUGAUCUUAAAAAAAAAAAAAAAAAAGACUGGAUGGCUCAUUGGCCACCAAAACUGAAGUCGCCAUCCGCCAUCUUGAUACUCCCAAAAUAACCAUGAGCGACCUGUGCAGUGACAGCGAUGAACUGCGUUAAUCGCCAGUUUCGUGGCUGUGAGAAAACACUCCACAGGUAAGUUAGAAAGAUUUACUUUGACACUGUUAAAGUUUGUUUGUAAAGUUUUUUUUUUUAAUUUUCUGAUGAGCUUCAACAUUGUGACUGCCCGGCGGACGUUUACGCUGCCGCCGCUUGGACAAAAUUUUGUUUACGGUUGUUGUUGUUCGCCGUUCACUCUCUGCUUCACCUUUAUAGGCAGACGUUUUUGGCGAAAAAGCAAGGUAAAUAUUUACCCAAACUUCAUCAGUGGAUAUAAGCAAAAAAAAACACAUUUUCUGUGAAAAUUUUUUGAUGAACUUCGUAAUCCAGAACUCAGCUAAUUGAAUUUGAUUUUCAAAUACGAGGAAACAAGUUUUCUGUCUGAAAAAGGAUGUCGCAGAGACAACAAAGGAACAAUGCAUUUAGCUAAAUUAUUUUCCCAUUGUGAGUCCUUAUUUCAAAAAAUAUAGCUGAUUGACUUAAAAUGUAAUGUUUUUAUGACAAAAAAAAUGCUGAGUUUCUUCCUCUUUUUCUUUUCUUUGCUCUCACUCAAAUACACUAAAGUGCAAAAAAAUAACAUCUAAAUUAUAAUGACAGUUGCAAAAGAGCAGAAGUGAAGCGCUCUUGCUAGCUUUGUGGAUUUAGAAGGUGGGGAAAAACACCCAGCCAAUCGCAGUUGCGCUUUCUUAGUACGUGACGUCACGUGACUAAGAAAGCGUAACUGCGAUUGGCUGGUUGUUUUGGUUCUGACCUGAAGUAACCCCGCCUGCCGGCACAGACGGUGAAUUUUAGACAGCGAAUUGUAGCCGGUUGAAUUGUUAACAAUGAAAAAUUAUGCAUAAGUACAACUAUUGAAAAUGUGAUCACUUUGAAUUUCAAAUUAAAAUCCUGUUUUCUGUGGCACUUAUUUACUUCCAUACUGCAACAUAUGAAACAUAACCACAGGAAUGCAAACUUUCUCAUUACUUUUUUUUUUUUUUUGGACACUUUUAUGUCAUGUAUUAUUCCCUUAAUUAGGAAUCUUUAUAUUCUCUAUUAGUCCAUUAGGUCCACAUUGAAUUGUAUUUGCAAACAGUUUAAUGGUGUUCUCUUAAGAACCGUUGGCAUUACAAGACUGUCACAGUUUGUCCAGAAAUAAAAUUCAGUUGGAUGGAGUUUGAAAUACAACUUUAAACCUACUCUGUACUGCAAAUUAAAUCAAUUGUAACUUUUACAAGGUUUGAAUAGUCUCAUUUGUGUUGUGGGGAAUU